AAUUCUAGAAACACAGGGUAGAAAACAAUUUUAUGCUGAUUGUAUCACUGUCACAUCAAAUCCUGAUCAUUUUAAUGAGGAAGUCUGCAUUUGUCUAAUCAUCGUUUCUGUUUCUGUCUAGCUGUCCUUACUUGCACCGGACCACUGGUGACACAGAGCGCAAGUACCAUCUUCGCUAUUACAAGACUGGUACCUGUAUCCAUGAAACCGAUGCCCGCGGGCACUGCGUGAAGAACGGCCUACACUGCGCCUUUGCCCAUGGCCCACAUGAUCUCCGCCCCCCUGUCUACGAUAUCAGGUGAUCUAUCAUGCCUUUAGUAACCACUCUGUUCUCAAGGUAUCAAACCUUCAACAAACAUGUGAAUAGGCUUGUUAAGCCAGUUAGCUGAGUACACAAGGAUAAAUCAUGCAUGGUCUGACCAUGCACUGACAAAACGUACCAACUGAUUCCAUUUGGACAUCAUAGCUUUGGGGAAAUUCUUAAAUUUACCAGUAGACUAUAUUUUUGAAGAUCGCUAUCAACCCCUUCUCUACCAUUGUUACUGUUACUUUGAUUCGACAUGGUAGAUCUAGCUGUCUCGGCUGAAGUGAUAAUAGGCUCAAAAUAGCCUGCAUUCACUCCAGUACAUGCCCAUACAUGGCAGUGGGAGAAUUAAGUGUGUUCAUCUAUUUUCUUAGCUCAAUUAGCCUCCCUGAUGCCUCUCGAAUUGGCUGGGGCUAAGAGCAGAUGAAAGCACAAUUUUCUCAUCAUAGACAUCAGUUAUAGUGUACUUAUUGCCAGGGUUGAUGUUGGUUUUGUUGAGUACCAAUAGGGAGAAAUUCACUGCCUAAAACAGUGCAAACAAUGAAAGUGCUAAAGUAUGGUGAUUUCUUUAAUGAGAUGAAAGAUUCAGUGGUAUAUUUGAAGUAAUAUCCCCACAUAUCUCAGAGAUGGAUACAAAAAAUAGGCCAAUAUCUAUAUAAUGCAAGCAAUGGACUUAAGCUUAACAAUAACAUACAUUUGCUCUUUUACUAUGAACCAUCUGUUCAUAUUUUAACAUUUUAAAUACCUGUCACUAGAAGAUAGCAAUACCUUGUCUAACGUCCCAUGAAUGACGUCAAAUUAAGGAAUGGGAGCUUGAAAUAAUUCAACAAAAACAACAUUAACUGUGGUAUCAGAGGCACGCUCAAGUGUUGCCUAGCAACUGUUGAGCUGAAAAAGUCUGUAAGAGCCAGGCAGCCUGAAUAUUCUACAUUUGUCUCUUCCUCUUUUUUUGUUUGUUUUGUGUAGUAGCUCUCUGACUGAUCUUCUUCAUGUGCACAGAGAGAUCCAGGCACAGGAAGCCCUCCAGAAUGGCCAGUUGGGAUCUGGAGAGGGUAUCCCUGAUCUACAGCCUGGGGUACUGGCCAGCCAAGCCAUGAUAGAGAAGACUCUUACAGAGGACCCCCGGUGGCAGGGUGAGCAGCAGACAUAUUGAUUCUGGUGGUGGUGUCACCUAGUGCCACAACUUUUCUAUUGAUUGGAUUUCCUUGACCUGUUGCAUUAUAUUUUGGCAUUAUGUCAAGAACAGAAUGUCUUACAAUGAGGAUGUUUAUAUGCACACUAAUAAUUAGAUAUUAAACUGAUUAUGGCAGAAGGCAGAGUAUGGCAUUAGUCAUGUAAACACCUUACUCUGCUUAUCUUAAUCGGCGUGAGAUCGUAAUGGUAGUAAGCAUACACCGAUUAAAACACCUGGUUUUCUGAACAAUCUUUUGUAAUUAUUAGGACAUGUUAAUGCCUUAAAUCAGAGUUACAGCGGUGUAUUUGAUUGCGCUGCUAGCACGAGCAGCGCAAGCUUCCUUCUUUUGUACGAGUGAAGUGAUUUCGGAAAAACUGAAAGUAUGCAUCUUAGAAAUAGUUUUCACAUACAAACUUUGUCUGAAUUCAAAAUCAAAUAGUUUUCACAAAAAUAACAUUGUCGCUGUGGUAGAACGUUUAUUUUGAUUAGCAAUUUUUCUGCAUUUAUCAAAGUCGCAUCAGGUAGCCUGAUUUCAGAAGUGUCCAUGUAAACAGGAUUAUUAGGGAAAUCAUUCUUCUUGAAAACAAACUAUUAUAUUAAUCUGACUAUUCACAAUAAUUGUUUUAUUGUGUGCAUGUAACCAUACUCAUUGUGUGCUUUCCUUCCAGACACAAAUUUUGUUUUAGUGAACUACAAAACAGAGCAGUGCACCAAGCCUCCACGACUAUGCAGACAGGGCUAUGCCUGCCCCCACUACCACAAUAGUAGAGACAGAAGACGAAAUCCACGCAAGUUCAAAUACAGGUAGGAGAUUGGGACAGUCAAACGAUAAAGAGUAAGCCUUUUGACAACUGUGUAAUAAUGCUGUAAUAUGUAGCCUGAGCAUUUGUAUGUGUUUAAGUUAAACCCCUUGAAUGAUGUGUCAGGUCAACUCCGUGUCCCAAUGUGAAACAUGGGGAUGAGUGGGGAGAGCCAUCAAAGUGUGACAGUGGAGACAGCUGUCAAUACUGUCACUCACGCACUGAACAGCAGUUCCACCCAGAGGUAAGUGGGACAUUGGACACUUAUAAAUGCUUAGCGCAUUUCGUCUCUUGCAAUGGGGAAUCUGUCAAACCUUGUUUUGGAAAAUGCCACACAGUUAUGAGCAGAAAACCCGUCUUUCUCACUUCAGAUCUUUUUUCUUUCAGAUCUACAAAUCCACCAAAUGCAAUGAUAUGAGGCAAACUGGUUAUUGUCCUAGGGGGCCGUUCUGUGCGUUUGCGCAUGUAGAAAGUAAGUGAAGCUCCUCAAAAUAAGUAAACGCUGUCUUGCUUGUUGACAACCUUUUAAAGUUAAAACCUCCCGUCUGUGAUUGUGUACUUUCAGGAAUUCCCUCCACAGAAGAGACCAUGAACUCGUUGCUAACAGCGAUGCAGUCGGGCUCCCAGGCCAAGCUGGGCUCUCAGCAAUAUUCAGAGUGUCCAGUCAGCGAGUGGGGCAGCAGUGCCAACUCCAUCAGCAGCAGCAACAACGGCCAAGUGGGGAAUGUAUGUGAUCUGAUUACUACUCCCUCUCUGCUUCUCUCAACUGUCUUUUACAAAGGCAUCUCAGUUUGUAUGAAAAACAUGCUGUCAAUAGAUUAGAUACAAUUAUAGAUUAGACCCUGAAUAGAUUAGAUCAAAUAUUUAAGCUUUUAACUUUCCUUUUUUUGUCACUCCUUUGUUUUGUAUAUUCUUGUCAUUUUCUGUUUCCGUUCUUCUGUUUUCUGUACUUGCCUUGUAUUUCACUAGUCUGUAACAUCAUUUUGUUUCUGGUAGUACUAGUGCACCAAGAAAUAUACAGCGAAAUUCAAAUAAAUAUAAGAUUCAACAGAAACCAAACCUUAACAAUUCAGUGUCAUUUUCUCUCUCUGAAGCCAGUAUUCAAUCUAAACAUCUUCAGCUAUCAUCUGCUCUCUGGCCUCAUUGGGAAAGCUGGACUCGUUUGGCUGGCUUUAAAACCCUAUUGUUAAGACCAUGUGUACUUCUCUCCCUCAGGUUUCAUAUUCUAAUAGUCCGACUGUAACGCCAAGCUCAGGAAGCAACAGUUCAUUGUCCUCAAUCGGACCCAUCGGCAGGUCCAAAUGCUUAACUAAUGGUAGCUUAUGUUCAGAGUCCACCACGUCAAGUGUGUCAUCUCUGACGUCUAACUAUCCCAAAGCUCCGGGCUUUGAACGCGAGGAUCAGGUACUACAAUAAGACUGCUCUCCCUCUCUCUCUUUCCCCAUCCUUACGGGAAGACCCCUGCACUCAGCUUAGUGUAGGGCCUGACCCGCUGCUACACACACUUUGGUCAUAGUUUCCAUUAAUUUAAUUCUGAAUUUUGAUUUAUUUGUAUGUUAAAUUAUUUGUCAGUCAUGUUUUUUAUGUUACGUCAUUUUCUAUAAUUUGUGAUGCCUUGUGUGACUUGGUGAAUACUGAAAUUAACAACCGAGGCAAAAUAGAGAAUAGUUUACCCAUUCCAGGUCAGAUUUAGUGUUGUACUUAACAUUUUAUGAACGUAGAUUAGACAUUAUACUUGGAUAUGCAACUUGUAUUCAUGUUAUCUAUUAGUUACAAAACAAAUGUCUGCUUAUUUAGUUUUAGACUGUCUUAAUGUGUUGUGAUCAUAACAUUAGACAUUUUCUCUCUUUGAUAGGGCUGCAGAUGACUGAUUAUUAACAGAAUUCUCUUCACUUUUAAGAACGGUGUUGGCUUUCUAGACAGGCCAAUUGCUGGGUUUAAGUGUUGGGUCAUGUGAAUGUGCUGUCUGUUUUCAGAUAAAGAACCAUAAGGGACAUAGUGAUCAAAAGAUGAUGGACCAAGACAAGCAGGUGAAUAACUAAAGCAUUUGCCACUGCCUUUGUAUUCGUAGAGGCUAGUGACCGUGUUUCCCCUAUAUUCAUUUACUGCUGCUCCAAAAAAUAUGAUUUAUGGAGAAUAAUUGUCGUUUUAAGCGUAAACUUAAACGACUAAAACCAGAUAUAAAGUAUGUAGAAAAGAUAAUGGAGCUAUAUAUAUUUUAAAUAAGAUCAUCUUUGAGAACUAACAAUCACCCAAAUAAAAACUAGACAGUCAGGGAGAAUCUAAAAUUCCAAAAAUGUCAUGGCAUGGGGCCCCCAUUGAUUUUGUUAUAAUGUUUGAGUCACUCAAAUGGCAUAAGCCAUGGCAAAAUGUGUAGAAUUGCAGGAACAUCAAUAACUUUGCCGCCUCUGCUGAAAAAAAUCCUAGGGGAAACACUGCUAGUGAUAUGUAGAACAUUUUAUAUUUAAAGGUAUUCAUGUAGAGGAAAAAGGGUUUUGCUGUUAUAAUUUCUAAGUCAUUGGUACCCGUCCAAUUGACUAUUGAUAAAAAAGGCCUAUUCAUGAUCUCCCAUAUAAAGCAUAUGACUAAGCAUAUGCCCAGGCAUGGUAUCUGUGCCUUGUCUUACUUCUUAACCGAGCACCAAUGUAGUAAAACUAAGUAUUGCUCAACAUUGACACUAUUGAUGAAACAAUGCUUUAUUAUGAACGCCUCUUUUACAGACACACAAUAGUGUAUUCUCUGGGAUGAAUCCUCUGGCAUCCAGCAUAACCUCCAGUAUAACAUCUAGCCUGGCCUCCAGUAUUGGCUCGGAUAGUUCCUCACCCACCACCUUAUCAACAAUGAAUGCAAAAGCAACCCCAUUCUAUCCAGGGAGCAAUACUGUGGAGUCAGUUAUAGGUAAGUGUACUUGUAUUGUGCUCACUUGUUUAAGGUGUGAAUGUAACUCUUUAUACAAGGAAUACUUAUUUCUCUAAUUAAAAAAACAACUUGCCUUUUCUUUCAGGUUCUGCUCUUGACCUGAAUUUUUGUGACAUCAAUGUUGCCUCUCUUGAUAAAGAGUUUGAGGAGCAAGAAAACAAAAGUAUUGGUUUAAGUAAGCAAACCUUGUUUGAAACAUUGAACACAAUUGACUUAACCGUGUGUUCUGUGUUUUAAAUUGCGAAAUUGAUUUCUGCUUCCUGUUGUCCUCUAGGUCAAAGGAUGUUGGGAGGAUCCGCUCCGGUCAACAUUCCUGGCUCCUUUGCACGGUCCUCUUCAUUGAAUUCCAACUCAUCACUCUCUGCCUCCCCUCUGAGCUCCCUCUCCCAGUGCCUGCUGUCAGGAAUGGCUCCCCAGCAGAGUCAGCCUCAGGGCCUGCUAACCAAACCUGAGCAUGGCCUUCUAGGAACACCUACCUCCUCUCAGAACACUCUGGGUAAGUUAACAAUCUAAUAUUUACUAGCAAUCUUGACAAACAUGCAAGAGUGAGCAUUAUUAUUUUACCUUUAGAGGCAUUAUCAACAAUUCAUAAAUACAUCUCUACCAUUUUGUUUUGCGCUUUGACAUGAAACAAUUGUGCUGAUCCCACCUUGUAGGUUUGAAUGGGGGAGCUAGCAGCAUAUGGGACUUUGUGAGUGGCAACUUCUCUCCCAGCCCAUCACCAGUGUUCAGCAGCCUGGGCUCCACCACUGUGAGCAGCAGCGCUGACCUGAACCGGCUCUUCAGGGAGCUGGAUGAGGCCAAGCGGAAGAUCAAGCAAUGGGAAGACGCUUGGCACCAGGUCAAGCAGGUCAGACACUAGUCCCAUGCAAUAACUAUGACAUGAACUAAAGGCACUGCCUCUGUAAGCAAUACAUCCUGACCCUUGUUAAACCAAUUAUAUAUUUGACAUGUCUCUGUCUGUUCCAGGCAUGUGAGGCCUGGCAGAAAGACUCCCAUGAUGCAAAAGAACAAGCAAAGUCGGCCGAGGCGGAGCGGCAGCUGGCGGAGCAGAAGCGAGAGGACAAGGAGCGCAAGCUGAAGGAGCUCCAGGGGGACUUUGACGUGCUGUGUCGCUCCCCUGGCACGCCCCUGCUUAGAAGCUAUGGAGACCUGGACCAGCUCCCUCUACCAAAGCUCCACUCCAUCCAGAGCCAGCUGCGCACUGACCUAGACAUUAUAGACGGGGUAAGAAGGGCCAGAUAAACACAUUCUUAUUUAUAGUGAUCAGGAUAUAAAUUAUGGCAGACUAUUUAGCCCAGUGAAGUAUGUUUUUUUUCUUAAGAUCUUGCAUGGAAUCAUUGUAUUGAGUUAUUCUGCUGCGAGUUGUUUCUGAUACAACCUCUUCUCUUCCCAACACAGGUAAUAUAUCAGCUUCAGUCAAAGAAAUGUAUAGUUUGCCAAACGCAUGAUCGUUGUAUAGUCCUGCAGCCUUGCCAACAUUAUGUACUUUGUAAGAACUGUGCACCUAGUAAAUCAGAAUGUCCAUACUGUAAGACAAAAAUAUUGAAGUGGUGAUGUACUAUUAUUCAAGGUACUACUUAAGGAAUUUGCCCUUUGAAGAACUACUAAUACAUAUAGUAUGCUUACAUUUUCUAAAUAGCAUUUUGUGUUUCAGUAUGUCAUAGUAAUUGAAUUAAUAGUUUAAUUUGAACUACAUAAAUGGUGUUUGAUAAAUCAAGUCCUUAAAUGUAAUAUGUUAUUUUGUAUUGUAAUGGAUCACUUACAAUUUCCAAAAAGUUUGGGUAUCCAUCAUUCAAGUGGGCCUAAUUUGACUUUUCAUCACUAAAACACAUCAGUCAAACAUUAUUAUUAUGACCAUCUUUGUGAAGAAGAUUACUUUCUUCUAAAGCACUUUGUUGACCUGGGAAUUUGUUAAAGGGUAUUUUAGAAAUUAGCUUUGAGCUGUUUUUGUUUCUUAGAUUUAUAUAUUUAUUUUUCUUAAUAUGCUAAUGUAUCGAGCUUUUGUGUGUACUGUGAAACAUACUAGAAUAUUUCAUGUUUCCUAUUGUUAAAUCAUGGUAUAGUUCUAUAUAUCUUGUUAGCUUUCAUAGAAAAGUACUAAACAAUAGUUUCUACUUUUCAUUGUUUAAUUUACAUUUUUCCAUCAAAGAAGUGCACACUUUUGAAUGCAUUUUAGGCAUAACCAGCAGCUGUAAUAUCAGUAAGGCACAUUUAUGCUAAAGUAGUUAGGAAAUCAAUGAGUCUGUCUUUUAGUGAUUACUGAAUUGUUCAUUAUGUAGUUAUUAGAGGAGCAUGUCUUGAUGUACAGAAGUCUGACAUGGUGAAUUUUAUAGGAUUCCUACUAGCCUCUCAAACAUGUCUAGAACAUAUCUGAUACUUGGCCUCUACUCUAGUCUCAAGUGCCUUGCCUUAGAUGAUAACCAUAAGCAUCGAUAUUUAGAGGAUUGUUGUAAAAGCAGACACAGGUAGACAAAGCUUCUGCACACAUUUCUGCAAAUAUGUCUACUUUAUUUUUUACUUUGCAUUAUAUGUAUAUGCCGUAGUGUAUCGCCCCAAUCCUAUGUCAAAGUAUUUCCUCAGAUUAUAGUUGUAUGAAGAUAUAAAUCUUGUCAGUGCCUGUGUCCUGACUUCACACUUACAACAAAGCUAAAAAUAUAUAUAUUUUUCCUUGUCUUAACAGGCAAUGGUGCUUCAGUAUAAUUUCAAAUGACUUUUGAUUUAAUGUUUGGGAGUAUGCAAGCAAGGAAACAACUCUAUGGUCUUGUUUGUAAACAAGAUAAAAACAGGCUCUGCUAUACAUUUUAGACUCGUGUUUGUUAGUUUGUUGUAAGAAAUGCAUCAUUCUGUAGUGUUUACAGAAGACAUCGGUGUUGAACCUGUAAGUUGUGUUUUCAAAUACGACAGUAAUGUGCUUAGCUAGGCUAAUCUAAUUGAAAUGACCUUCUACUGUGUUCAAAAUAUGUAUUUUUCCUCGCUCUAUAUCUUGGUCCUUUUAAUAUUUACAGCAAUUAGUAUGUUAAGUAGAAAGAACCCUUAUAUUCCCAGGUACAUCAUUUGUAACUUAGAAAAAUUGAGAAAUACAAUUGUUUACAUUUACAUGGAUGGUAAUUCAGAAACUCAGAGAAAAACAAAACGUGUGUUUCUCCUAAAAUACAAAAAGAAGAAAGGUAUUGUGUUCCCUCAUGUUUAUCAAUUUAAAAUGGCAGGCAAAACAAUUUUAUUGCAUGUCUUAUAAGCGUCAUACGUUAACCAGCUACAAAUCUAGAUCACACUGCCAGAUAUAUUUGUAUUGUCAGUCUAGCAUACUGUAGAGUCGAUCACUUCACUUCUGCAAGUGUAGUUGUAAUGCAUUUAGAUUCUUGAAUGUUGUUGUGCAUACACAGUUCAGAUUUCAGACAUCAGUAGCCUAAAUUCUCACUCACAAGUUAAGCAGUAACACGUUUUACUUAAUAUAUAUAUCAAAAUGGCAUAACAAUGACUCUCUUGUUACCUAACAUUCAGAGACAUGUCAUGGUGUCUAACAUGUGCUAUACCAAGUUUAUAACUUCUAUAAUGUUAUAGUUCAAGUAAAGGACCACUUAAACAAAUACUCAUUGGAUGAAAACUGUUUGAUUUAAAUUGUUUUGUUAAUUUUUGUUUUAGUCACAGUCACACGUUCGGGUACUUUUGUGAAUCUUCUAAACAUUGUUACAGGCCAAUCAAUAUACUGCUGUAGAAUGUCUCGAUUCUUAAAUUGGUUGUUGGAGAAUCCGAAUAAAGCUACUGGGCUACAGUAAAUGGUGCAUUCUAAUAAUCCGCUCACCCCAAUUUUUUAUAUCACAGGUUUUUUAUUUUUCCUUUGAUGCCAACUAAGUUAAUGUGGACUUGACUCAAAUGAACCAAAGUGGUGUUGUAGUUACUUUUCAAAGUAUUGAAAUUUACAAUUGAGUAUAACAUUCUCUUCAAUGGUUCAAUGACAGAAAGAGAAAACUAUGCCAACUGCUUUUGCUGAUAAUAGUAAUGGACUUAAAGCCCAUUUGUAGUUUUACCAAAGACCUUUACUGCUAUUGUUAUGUUUCCUUUUUUAUUUUUAUAACUAUUUUCAUUUUAGCAAUCUAAGCAAAUCAUUAGAAACCUAAUUUGAAACAAACCUAGCACCUUAUGUAGAUUGGUGUGUGCAUUUACAGAAACUAAUGGCAUCACUGUCAAUUUUUUGUAAAGCAAAUUAUUGUGGUUAGUAACAUACACAGAAUUCUCAAACUUGACUAUUUUAAUUGGCAGUUGUCUAGAGUGAAGGAAUUUCAGAAGUGAGUGAAAUGUGUUAAUAUUCUUAAGUGGCCAU